UUCCAAGAUCGCAAGUAUUAACAGAAUGCGGUGUUUGUGUGGUCGAAUUUUGCCUUAUUCUUAUUCAUUUAAGCCGAAUGAUAUAAAUGGAAGAUUAUACACAUAUUCAAAAACACUGUCCACCGUAUAUAAAAAGCAGUCUGUUCUGCAAUCACCAUCAGUUGACCAAUGUUACGUCUCUCCAAGAUCUCCAGGCAUAAGGUUCUACUCUGAUGGCACAUUACAGCCUCGCCCAAAUGAAACCACCGAUCCAUAUCAGUUGGUUGAGAUGGAACUUGCAGCUGUUUGUGACAAUAUCAAAGCAGAAUUAUCGACCAAGAAAACAUCUCUCAGGGAAAUGACUCAUUAUCAUUUUGAUGGAAAAGGAAAGGCAUUCCGACCGAUGCUUGUUCUACUUCUUGCCAAGCUCAUUAACUUAGAACAAGGUGCAAACAGACAGAGUUAUUUAUUAGAUACACAGAAGAAGGUUGCUGAAAUAGCCGAGAUGAUCCAUGUUGCCAGUUUAGUUCACGAUGAUGUCAUCGAUGCAUCAGACAUAAGACGAGGGAAACCAAGCGUACAUUAUUCUUGGGGACAACAAAAGGCCAUUACAGCUGGGGACUACAUCCUGUCAGCAGCAUCCAUGGCGAUCGCACGUAUUGGUGAUCCAGAUGUUGUCAUAGUCCUGGCACAAGUUAUUGAAGACUUAGUGAAAGGUGAAUUCAUGCAACUGGGAACAAAGGAAAAGCAAAAUGAACGUUUCACACACUACUUAAGAAAAACUUAUAAGAAGACAGCCAGUCUGAUGGCAAACAGUUGUAAGGCAGUUGCAAUCCUAGGAGAUGUUCAAGAAUCCGAAGUCGAGAUGGCCUACCAGAUUGGUCGGAAUAUCGGAAUAGCAUUUCAACUUGUGGAUGACAUGUUAGAUUUCACAGCCAAUGAGCAAAUGAUUGGCAAACCGACUGCAGCAGAUCUCAAGCUUGGCUUAGCGACAGCACCCGUUCUCUUUGCUUGUGAUCAGUAUCCAGAACUCCAUGAGAUGGUGAUGAGGCGAUUCUCAGAGGAGGGCGAUGUGGAUCAUGCCAGGGAGUGUGUGGCUUUGAGUGACGGUGUGGAGCAAACCAAAUGCCUAGCUGAAUCGCAUUGCAGGGAAGCCGUCAAGUUAUUAAGACAUUUCAGAUCGUCGCCUGAACAAACUGCACUCAUUAGGAUAACGGACAUGGUGCUGAGCAGAAAGAAAUAACGACAAUUUUCCUUAGGGUCAUUCAUAUAAUCUACUCGUCCUUUUGAAGAGCGUAAAUUGACUCCAAUUCUUGAUAAAAUGUCUGUAUUUUUUAAAAACUAUUCAUCAGAUCCAAUGUGUUUGAUACUCCAUUCAAGCUUGGCCGAAGAACAUGUGCAUUUUAGUAUUGCUGUCUGUAUGUGGUAAAGUCAGCAACUUUAGCCAAGUGUUUGUGGAGGGCAUUGAGCAAUCAGAUUGUGAAUCUACAUUUAUCAGAAAGUGUUAGUAGUCAUCAUGAGUUUUAUCCAUAUGUAUCCAUGUCUCAAUCAAGACGACACCUUAGUCUGAGGGUGGGUGGGUACUAAAGUCUCAGUUGAAGAAUGAUUUGUUGAGUUUAUAGUAAAAAUAUAGAUUGAC